GACGCCGUAACUGUCAGAUUAGCUUCAUGGCAGGAAGUCACAAAGUACAUCUAGUCAACGUACACUGAGUAGAGCACAUCAGAUCUACAAUCUGACAAAACACUGCAGAACUGCGUCGCUACGAGCAACAGAAAGUCAACGGAGAGCAACUGCUGGAGAAGCAGAGAGAGGAUGUCUUUACUGUUUUUAUUAUCAUUUGAACUCAAGACUCAUUUUCUUUUUCAUGUCAGUGACUCUCAGACUGUGACAGGAAGUCAUGCUGGAUUAAAGGGAGGACGUUCCCACCAUGUCAUCGUCUGCAGCGCAAAUCAUCCGUCUUCUUCUUCUUCUGAUCCUUCCGUUGCCCAACCUGGUGACGACAUCAUCAGCGUUUACAGUGUCUCGUUCACAGUGUCCCAUCGACAGUGUUCCCGCCGACGUCUGCCAGCAAUCUGAGAUGAUGGACGGAGGACUGAUGGUCCGCUGCAGUGGACUGAGACUCACACAGGUACCCGUCGGCCUCUCGAACCUCACCGUUCGUCUGUUUCUGGAUAAAAACCUGCUCAGCUCUCUGCCGGCCGACUCUUUCUCUGAUCUGUUUCUGCUCGAUGAGCUCGACCUCUCACACAACCAGCUGUCCUCGCUGGAAGCGGGCUGUUUUCGCGGUUUGGCGUCCUCUCUUCGCUUCCUGGACCUGUCGUCCAAUCGGUUGUCUUUGUUGGACCCGGCGGUGCUCAGCGGGCUGAGAGCGCAUGCUAACCUCACCCACAACCCCUGGCACUGCGACUGCAGGAUGCAGCUGUCGAUGCCUCAGUUGGCACUGGACCCGUCCUCUCUGGCUGAAGUCAUCUGUCAAACCUCUGACCUCCCAAACCUCGGAGCUGUUGGGAUGCCAAUGGUCUUACUGGUGGAGGACUGGGAUCUGUGUCUGUCUGUGCGAAGGACCACUGAUGUGGUGAUGCUGGUGAUCAUGUUCAUCUGGUUCUCCACCGUCAUCUCUUACCUGGUCUACUACAUCCGGCAGAACCAGGAGGACGCCCGAAGACACAUGGAGUACCUCAAGUCCCUGCAGAGCCUCCAGGUGUAGAGGACAGUCCUAAAGACACCUGGAGACACCUGAAGACACCUGGAGGCACCUGAAGACACCUGGAGACACCUGAAGACACCUGAAGACACCUGGAGACACCUGAAGACACCUGGAGACACCUGAAGACACCUGAAGACACCAGAAGACACCUGGAGACACCUGAAGAGACCUGGAGACACCUGGAGACACCUGAAGAGACCUGGAGACACCUGAAGACACCUGAAGACAUCUGGAGACACCUGAAGACACCUGGAGGCACCUGAAGACACCUGGAGACACCUGAAGACACCUGAAGAGACCUGGAGACACCUGAAGACACCUGGAGACACCUGGAGGCACCUGGAGACACCUGGAGGAGAAAAUUGUCCAUUCAUUGGGAAAUCAAUAAUAAUUUGGAUGACACUGUACCGUGAGUCAGUCUCUGUGUCGUUGCCAUGGAAACUCUUGACGCUAGCAUGACUUUGUUUGAUCAGGUCCAGAUGUUCAGUAACAUGGUGAUUAAUUGUGUUCCACCCUCGCCGUCACACAGCUCAGCUUUUCCUGUAAUUUGACAGACGGUUGAGACAAACGUCUUCUGUUCUUGUUUUAUUGGUUUGUGAAAGAUGAUAAACAGACACGAUGCUUUCUGUUGCGUCAUGUAUAAACUGUAAACUGACGUGAUACUCAGGCAUGUUUUUAUUCACACCACUGAAUUUAUAGAUAUUUUUAUGACAUAAAAGUAGUUUAAUAUAAAAUUUUAACAACAACUUUCAUUUAUUCUUAAAAAAGAUGAAUAUUUGUUUUUGUGUUUGUUUUUUCCCUGUUGUGCUUUGAUGAACUGUCUUUCUGUUGCAAUGUACUUUUUGUUGUUUGUCUCUUUAGUUUGUUGUUGAUUCUUCUCUUCUUCUGAAAUGGACUUUUAUCUUUGUCCAGUGUUCUAUAUGUGACCAUCAUCACAUUUUUAUUGUGAAAAAAUAUAAUUAAACCUUUGCUGUGACUUAAAUUAAAAAAAUAAACUGAUUCUAAAGCCAAUAAAAGCAGUCAGAGAAGUUUCUGUUUCCAUCUGAAACAAGAGAAACUGAACAAAGUGA